AACACAGAAAAUUCAAACUUAAUGGGGAAUGUUUAUUAUCAUUCAAAAAAACAUUCUUCGGCGUUUAUUUUUUGAAGAUUAUCUCUCUCAAAUGUUAGCCCCGAGUACGUCCCAAAUGGUCCAUCCGUUGAGUCCAAUUCUCGAUGACUCGUUUGAGGAUUACGACUGGUAACUGGGGAAUGACACGCGUGAUGUUUUGCUCGAAAUUCUGAAUUGAAGCGGGGUUGGCUGCAUAGACUUUAGACUUUACAUAUCCCCACAGGAAAAAGUCUAACGGUGUGAUAUCACACGAUCUUGGCGGCCAAUCCCCGAAGUGUUCUCCAAAUAAAUCUAUUGUUUGAUGCAAUGUUUGGGAAGUGGCGCCGUCUUGUUGAAACGAAAUGUCGACGAGAUCACGAGAGUCGGUAAUCAUGGCGUGAUAAUGGUCGCUAUUAACGGUUACGUUCUCACCGGCAUCAUUUUUGAAGAAAUGUGGACCGAUGAUUCCACCGGUCCACAAAACACACCAAACCGUUGUUUUUUAUUGAUGAAAUGGCAGCUCUUGAAUCUCUUCAGGUUGCUCUUCGUUCCAAAUGCGGCAAUUAAGCUUGUUAACAUACCCAUUGAGCUAGAAAUGGGCCUCAUCGCUGAACAAUGUGGCUCGAAAAUGUUGAAUAUUCUUGUAACUUUUCAAGAGCCCAUAGAGCGAAGCAAUGUCGCUUGGGAAGUUCGAACGGAUUCAGUUCUUACACAAGCGGUAUUUUGUACGGUUUCAAUUUAAGAUUUCGACGUAAAAUGCGCCAAGUCGUUGCAUACGUCAGUCCAAGUUGCUGCAAAUGGCGCCGAAUCGACUCUGCACGGUCCUCGGUACAAUCUCUGCUACGGCCGCUAUAUUUUCUACACUGCGUGCUGGACAUGGUCUAUUCGGUCGAAUAUUACUUAUAUGUUGACCAUAAGUUAAGCGAAACGCGAAACACAUUCUUUAUAGUACGUGAAUUUUCGUAAUAAAGUUUAACGAUUUUCGUGAUAAAAUGCGAAACAAUACUGAAUAAAAAUAACAUAAAAGCUUCACAAGACUCAUACGUAAUCUGUCAAAAAAAGGCUAUUAAAAACAGUAGUUAUACUUGGAUCAACCGAUAUUUUAAUUCUAAAUAAUAUGUUUAUAAGUUCAAUUAUGCUCCUUGAAGCUUCAAAGAUCUUACGAAAGCUUCACUUUGCUGCUAACGCUCUCAAUUUCAUUGUCCGAUACCUGCCGAGAAUUAUUAGUGUGUAGACACGACAAUUUUAUGCUGUAACCUUUAUGGUGUUAGUUUGAUAGAAAAAUGCAAUAGCUUGCGACGUCAUAAACGAAAUAAUUAUAAUUUAUGUUGAAAAUUUGGUCUAUGACGUUUCGUGGCGUAAUCGUAUCGCUAUUUUUUUGAUACUUCUUCUUCGCUUAUCCAGCUUAGAGCUUAAGAUUAGCUGCUAAAUCUUUUUUCACAAAGUUUUAAGUAUUGAUUGCAAUUUUCUAUUAUUCCAUCAAUGAGUAUCAUCCUUUAAACAAUUCAAUAAGGCUGCGAUUGAAUGCGUCCGAAGACAAUGUUUAAGCGAAAUUUUCCAAAAUAUCAAAAAAAUCGUACACGACUCGCUGCAGCAUAACACACAGCUUUUCAACCCCAUUUCAAAUCUUUCAUUCACAUUUUUGUAUACAUUACUUACCAGCUACCAAGUAAAAGCUUUCAUGAAAAAGCUUUGGUUACGUUACUAUUUUACGCGCUAAAAUAUCGAGCUUUCAGUAAUUUACAAAAGUGGAUUGCGACUUGGCAGAUGUGUUAUGUACCGCUUGCAUGUCAAAUCGUCACCGACGCUCAAGCCGCAAAGAAGCCAAUUGAUCAAAAGAUCUCAAACUAUUGGCAUUCACGAAUCGCAACAGAUUAGUAAUUGCCUGUGAUAGAUUUUUAGUGUGCUGAAUUUAAAUGCAAGACAAUUGUUUUAACUACGACAGCAACGCUCAAAAAGGAUACACAAGGGAAUACGUGGCAUUGUGUGCUGUAAUAGUGGAAGUCGAAAAUUAAAUAGUGCGAGAGAUUUUUAUUAAUUUUACACCAACGUAAGCAAGAAUGCCUUCGCUCAGUAUAUCCGGCGCCUAUCAUGUGCUAACACGACGCAAACCCAUGGAGGAUACAACCGAAUCCAAACUAGCCAAGGUACUAUCCGCAUUUGAUCUCACAGCACUCGGCAUUGGCUCAACAUUGGGUGUCGGCGUUUAUGUGCUUGCUGGUGAAGUUUCGAAGGUCUAUGCUGGACCUGCGGUCGUUAUAAGUUUUCUUAUCGCCGCUAUCGCAUCGAUAUUUGCCGGCCUCUGCUAUGCCGAGUUUGGCGCUCGUGUGCCAAAAGCUGGUUCGGCAUAUAUAUACAGUUAUGUGACAAUCGGCGAAUUCAUGGCGUUCAUUAUUGGCUGGAAUCUGAUAUUGGAGUAUGCAAUCGGUGGCGCUAGUGUGGUCAAGGGAUUGAGCACUUACUUGGACAAACUUUUUAAUUAUGCGAUGCGUGAUUAUUUAAGCAAGAACUUCGCUAUGAACAUCGAGGGUCUUGGGGACUAUCCGGAUUUCUUUGCGCUGAUCGUUACGGUGCUUUUUGCAUUCGCCAUUGCAGUGGGUGCCAAGGAGUCGUCUCGUUUGAAUAACGUCUUCACAUUCCUAAAUUUGAGUGUUGUGCUCUUUGUAAUAAUCGCCGGGCUUUUUAAAGUUUCACUCAGCAACUGGUCUAUACCGAAAUCGGAGGUUCCUGAAGGUUACGGUAAUGGCGGUUUCAGCCCAUAUGGUCUUACGGGCAUCAUACGCGGUGCUGCGGUAUGUUUCUAUGGAUUUAUUGGGUUUGAUUGUAUCGCGACGGCUGGUGAAGAAGCCAAAAAUCCCAAGAAAUCCAUUCCUUUUGCGGUGGUCACAUCGCUUGCAAUGAUUUUCCUCGCUUACUUUGGUGUCUCCACCGUGCUCACAAUGAUGCUACCUUACUUCGAGCAGGACGAACAAGCGCCACUACCGCAUGUCUUCAGUCGCUAUGGCUGGUGGGUAGCUGAGUAUUUGGUAACAAUUGGUGCGCUGUGUGGUCUUUGUGCCAGUAUGAUGGGCGCCAUGUUCCCAUUGCCGCGCAUUGUCUUUGCGAUGGCCUCAGAUGGACUGCUCUUCAAGUGCAUGGGAGAGAUUAGCCAGCGCUUCAAAACACCCUUCAAAGGCACCUUGAUUACUGGCGUGCUCACGGGAUUGCUAGCUGCCAUAUUCAAACUCAGUCAGCUGGUGAGCAUCAUGUCAAUUGGCACGCUCUUAGCCUACUCGAUGGUGGCGAGCUGUGUGCUCAUAUUACGCUAUGACGGCGAAGACCGCAGAGAUGGUCGUAGUAUCGGGAAUGGACGUUCCUUAGCCGAACGCGUUCAAACUAAUUGCAAUCUUUGGCGACAGUUAUUCAACACCAACAAUGUAACAUUGGCAAAUGGAAAGAGUAGUAGGCUGGUGACUUUUAUGAUAACAUUAUACUUUUCUUGGUGCUUUGUAUUCUCACACUUUCUUCAAAAGGUGGAAAUCGAACCGCAAAAUAUAACUCCGCCUUAUAUUGUUCUCCUAGUCAUCACUGGUCUGCCACUACCACUGAUAUUGUUCAUAAUUUCGCGCCAACCGCGCUCCAGCACACAAUUGGCGUUCAAAGUUCCAAUGGUACCUUGGCUGCCCGGUCUGUCAAUCUUCAUCAAUGUCUACCUGAUGGUGCGUCUGGACGUAAUGACCUGGGUCCGCUUUGGCAUUUGGAUCGCUAUCGGACUGCUGAUCUACUUCAGUUAUGGUAUUCGUUACAGCCGUCAGCGUAAACGUGAAUCUCGUCUAGUACUUCCAGAAACAACGGAGAGCAGUGAGUCCGGCCUGCCAGUACAUAAUGAUUACACCGAGGUUCCACUCAUAAUCAUGAAUAAUACAAGUUAAAAGAGCAAAGAUGUGGUACCGAAUAUGUUAAACAAAACAUAUAUCGGGAGUAUGUAUUAAUUGGUUAGACAUAGAAAAUGGCCUUGUUGCUAAAAGGGGCUCGAAGUGUCCGAAUACCGUAGUUUUAUAAUAGUCUAGCAUUAACUUAAGUUGGUUUAAUUUUCUAAGUAUAUCAGUAAUGGCAAACUCGUGACAGUCUUAAAGGGUGGCGUGAUUUAAACCAAAAACGUAUUAAUUACUUAAUUAACGCAAAUAUUUUAAAGCUUCUCUGCCAGGCUGAUGAUACAACCUCCACGUCAAAUCAACAAAGACUAUCCCACCUAUUACGCUCGGUCAGCGUUGCAUUUGUCAAAACAAAGUUUAAGUAAACCACAAAAAAGAAAUAUGUACCAUGGUAUGCUUUAAAAGCUUUGAUUUGCUGAACUUUAAGUUUGAAUAUUUAUAUGCAUUUUUGCAUAAACUAUUAGCAAUAGUUAUAUAUUGGGUAUACAGUUACUGUUAUCAUGGUAUUUAGAAAGUAAUAUACCGAUUUGUAUUUUUCGUUGCUUAAGCGCAUGAAAAUUAUUUAUUAAUGCAGACAUCUAACUUAGCGUACUUAACUCUUAAAUAUAUACCAUAAGUUUUGAAAAAUGCUCUUUAGCUUUUUAAAGCUACUAGAUCCUACCAGCAAGCAAAGCAAUUCUGAUAAUAUGAAAUAAAAUAGCACUGCAAAAGGUUUAA